CAGGGCGGCUGAGCUGUGGACCCCAUCAUGCAGAUCUUCAUGAGGACCCUGAUGGGCAAGACCAUCACUUGUGAGGUUGAGCCCAGUAAUGCCAUGGAGAAUGCCAAAGCCAAGAUCCAAGCCAAAGAAGGCAUCUCACCUGACCAGCAGAGGCUGAUAUCCGCUGGCAAGCAGCUGGAGGAUGGGCGCACCCUGUCUGACUACAAUAUCCAGAAAAAGCCCACCCUGCACCUGGUGCUGCGCCUGAGAGGCAUCAUCAAGCCGUCCCUCCGUCAGCUUGCCCAGAAGUACAGCUGUGACAAGAUGAUCUGCCCCAAGUGCUACGCACAUCUGCACCCCCGGGCAGUCAAGUGCCACAAGAAGGGGUGUGGCCAGACCAACAACCUGCACCUCAAAAAGAAGGUCAAAUAGAGUUGGGGUCAUAUCUG